AUGCUGGCAUUUGAUCGGGUGAUCACCAACUGGCGCUCCAGGAGCAUAGACAAGAAGGAUGCGCUGGUACAUUGUGACCACAUCCUGGAAAACAUCAAAGCCAUCGGCACAGUUGAUGGUGACGUUGCCAGGACGAUGCUUAACGAGCGGGGUAUUGAUGACUCCAGGAGGCAGGAGCUCCAGACAUCCUAUGGGGAGCUGAAGCAGAUGUGUGGACACAAG